GUUCAGGUUAUCAUCGCUCGAACUUUCGAAAAAAUAAGCCACGAGUAGCAGCAGCAUCAGCGGCAUUAUGAUCCGCACUCGCCACGCCACGUCCGCCGACGAAUCUGCGCUCGUGACGUGCAUCAACGAGGCCUUUCGGCCAGCCAACCUGAACUUGAAGAAGCCGGAAUGCCAGCAUCGGUGCAACCUACACGAGAUUCGGCGGCUGCUGUCGACGGCCAACUCGACCAUCUUUGUGGCCGAGCAAGUCCUCGAGACUGACGCCGACGGCAACGCCGCGACGACGUCGUCGGUCGUAUCUGGCUGUGUGUACGUGUCAUGGGAGUCCUGUGACGACGACGUGCUGGUCGGGCAUCUGUCGUUGCUGAGCGUGCCCAAGGAAUUCUCCAAGCGGGGGAUUGGCAAUCGGCUCAUGGACGUCGGCGAAGCGCUCGUGGCGCGGCAGGCCACCGCCUUGACCCGCGACAUCCGACUGGAUAUCUCUGUGGUGUCGAUUCGAGACGAUUUACGAGUGUUUUACGAACGCAGGGGGUACAAAGCUACGGGGAAGGAGCUGGACGCGCCAGGGUUUGCGGCCACGUUGAACGACCAGCAUGCGCACAUUCGUCUGCUGGAGAUGCAACUGCAUGUCCCUGUUCUGGCGGGCUUUGGCAAUUAACAACAUGCGAGCCCCAUUCAAGGUGGGCGUGAUAACGUGCCACUACAUACUGCGGCUACUACUAUAGUACCGUCAGUACAUGCCACCCAAGGAAGUGUGAUAAGCUUGUCGAUGUAGUAAAAAUAUAGAGGAAUCACAAAACAGCUCUCGAUUUGUUGAGAUCGAUGCAUGCCUACCAAUCGAUCUGCACACGUUGCAAAUAGUGUA